UCUCCGCUUCUUUUCUAUUCUCUCCUCUUCUCUCCUCUUCUUUUCUCUUCUCUUCUUUUCUAUUCUCUCCUCUCCUCUUCUUUUCUAUUAUCUCCUCUCCUCUUCUCUCCUCGCUUUUCUUUCGAAGCAACACAAUGGAGUAUUUAGGUCGAUGGAUGUGCAACUACUUUAUACCCAGGAGAAUUCGCCCAUCGCCUUUUUUCACCGGGAGAUCUCUCCCACUGUUGGUCUUCCUCCAUGGCUUCGUCUUCCAUCCCGACCCGUGCCUCUCCCACCCCCAGCCAUGUCACAUCCUGGCUCGGAUCGGACACACGGUUCGUCUCGGUGCUCUGCUUCCCACCGGACAACCAGCCAGGGUACAGAACGCUCUGAACAGAGCCUUGACCAGCCUGAAGCACCGGGCUGGAGAAGGCAACCCGCCUCUUCUGCCCUACAACCUCACCCUGGAGGUGGUGUCUCGGGCCCCGUCUGGUGGCGACCCUGUCUCCCUGUCCAGGUGUGUGUGUCAGGAGCUGGUUGUGCGAGGGGUGACAGGUGUCCUGGCCUUCCCUCGUUCACCAGAGGAACUCAUCCACAUCGACUUCCUGUCCUCCUUCCUGGAAAUACCUUUUAUAUCACUACUGGAGGACCUAGAACCACUCAGAGUUAAGAACCGGUUCCAUCUCCAAAUGUCAGUUCGUGUUCCACCCUCUCGCCUGGCCAACCUUCUGCUCUCUGUUCUCCAGGGGGUAGAGGGGGAGACAGAGGGGGGGAGGGACUACUGA